AGAACAAGCUCAAGCACUACCUACCCCAAAAUCAACUAUGACGAAGUUCACCUUCUUCGCUGCUCUUCUUCUUGCCAUCGGAGCUAUCAACGCGGUGGAUAUCAGCCCGGAUGGGCUCCCUCCUUUUGCUCUAGCUGAGGGCAGCGACCAGAUCGACGCCACGCUGGCUGACGGAAGUGGCCAAGUCAACGCCACGUUGGAGGAACGCUGCUGCCUUUGACAUGAUGUAAUCGGGUCAGCGGAAGAAUUGCUCAAGUGUAGACUGGGAGAGAUCGAGUAGUUCGCGCUCAUUUACUAAACUCUCGACAACAAGAAACUUUGUUGAUUUUCAAC